ACCAUCUUUGCCUUUCUUUUCCUUUCUUUCCUUCUUCCUUGUCCUCUGGCAGGAUUUCUGGUCUUCCAGCAAUGUUCAUUUUUUUCAUUCUCGCAUGUUUGCUCUCAGGACAAGUCUUCUCCUUUAGCAUUACUGUUGGAUCUCGCAGUUUGGCCGCUACAGAAAUUUUACUGAUUCCAGAGAGCCCGGUGGGACAAGCGUGUGCAUCAAAUUGCUCAGUGGCAAGUUCUAAGAUCGCUGCUUGUGACGAUGUGGGAUCCUGUCUCUGCAGCGCAGACACCGUCGCCUCUCUAUUGGACUGCGAGACAUGCAUGUUCCACUAUCUUAUCAAUACCAACACGCCUGCACCAGAUUUUCGCGCCGGAUCUACUCCUGUCCUGCAGGCGUACUCAAGUGCUUGUAAUGCGACUGCCAACGUUGUCCUUGCGCCCAACCAGAUUGCUCUACAGCUUCCAGGAACGUGGGAUGGCCCUUUUGUUGCAGUAUUACCGUUUGGUGGAGCGCUCUUCGUCGUGAUUUUGGGUGGUAUGAUUGGAAUGUCAGCUCUGUACAUGUUCGCCAAUUUGUUAUUCCGCUGCAAAUAUUCGUCACAUCCUAACCAUCCGUCGUCGUCCACCAUGUCCCAGUACAAAUCUGCAAUCCGCGCUCAACCACCCUCAGACCUCCCAGACAACCCGAAGUAUCGCCAACAAGCACGCCAACUUCAAGAGCUCUUUCCUGCUUGGUCAAACGAUGGUAUUGUGACGCCUUAUUUCCACCUCCACUCGCUCCUUACUGAAGUUGGAGGUGAUGUUGAGUUAGCUGCUACGAGAAUUAGUGAUGGUGUCGCGGAACAGUGGGGUGAAGUCUCGCGUAAAAAGGACAAAAAGGCGCCCGUUUCCACCCAACCUCCAAAGGACUCGUUUUCCUCGCGGGGUGAUUCUCGUGGGGGCAGAGGUGGUCGAGGUGGCCGAGGUGGGUCUGGGCGUGGUGGAGCUUCAGUUCGGGGUCGUGGUGGCCCUCCAAGAGGCGGUGCAAAUGGGCACAUCUCCCGCACUCAAAGUCCUCGUCCUUCCUCGGCGGCUCCUGUCAAUGGAACUGGUCACACGGCGUCGGAUAGUGCCAAUAAAUUAGGUGAUGCUUCUCCAAAGGCAUCGGAGUCCCACGACCACCCGGACAGCAUUACACCCUCGACUUCAGGCUGGACGGAGGCUUCGUCUUCUCAACCUGAAACGUCUACUUCGGCUACAUCACUCUCAACAUCUAGCUCUGCUUGGGGUGGCACUAGUACCGCGUCGACUUGGGGUGGCGAUACUGACAUAAACGGGUCAACUUUAUCUGUCAAUGUUAGCACUCCCACCAAAGUUGCGAAAUCACCAGCGACGUCAAAAUUGUCGUGGGCUCAGAUUGCACGGCACCAUGAGAAACCCGCCCCGCCUCCUCCAGUGGUUUCGCAAACGCCAGCGGCAUCACUUUCCACCCCUCUUGCUCCAAGCAUCAACAUUGAAGCGUCCGAACCAGAAGUUCAGCAUGGUUGGGAAGAACCCACCACCGUCCAGACUCCUACGUGGGACGAUGAAACACCCGUGAAGCUGUCGACGUCUACCGCAGACGCGUGGCCACCAGCGACAGAAUCAGUGCCGGAGGAAUUGGCGCCUGAACAGUCAGAAGCUCAAUUUACGGAUGAGGUGAAGGAAAGCGCAGAGAACACGCCAGCCCCAGUGGAGGAAGCUGUGCCUGAGCCAAAAGUGGAGGUCAAGGCUCUUUCGCCAGCUUUAGCGACCCCCGCAUUACCAUCCCAUGUCACUGCGACUCCAUCGCCGAAACUUGCUGGCCGUUCACCUUCUGCCUCGCAUAGGAGUAGUGCCAGGUACAAGGUCACUGACCAACCUGUUGUUAUGCCCAGCUCUUUCGGGUCAGGAAUUGAGAAGGUCGGAAUGCAGUUUGGUAGUCUCGGUCUUGGAGGUGAAAGCUUGCUCGACUCCACUCCAAGUGAACUUGACACGCCCAGUGUUGCACCUGAAGCCGCCCCUCCCGCUAUUCCCCAAGCCAAACAUCAUGAUGCCCCAGCCCCUCCACCCGUCACCACUCCCGCCACAACUGCAUCGUUAACUUCCGUAUUUCAGCAGCAGCAAGCAAUACCACAACAGGCUCAACAACAAUCACAGCCCUCUGCUCCUCAACAAUCCACGCAUCAUGUCAUUCCCAACUCUGUCUCGCAACCAAUCCAACCGACACAACCUCAGUCUACACAUAUUGCUGCUGCUUCCCCCAUUCAACAAUACACCCAACAACAAGCAGCUGCCUCGCAACAUCAACAAUCUCUGGUAGGCGCUCAACUCCAGCAACAACAACAUCAACAUCAACAAACCCAGCCCCUACAACAGCACAUCCCCCAGCUUCCCCAACAGGUACAACCCACUCCAGCCCACCAUUCAUACGCUCAACACGGACUCCCUACGCAUAUUGACCCAUCACAGCAACAACAAAUCCAAUCCCCUGCUCAGCAACAGCCUCUCCAAACUUCUACUCACUCGAACUACUUCAGACAGAGCGAAACCGUACCUUCCGCACCUUAUUUCCAUACUUCUACACCUCCUGCCGGACAGAUUCAGGAUAGCCCCUACGGCUCUUUCGGCCAAGUCGGGGUACAAGGCCAACACCAACAAGGAUCCUCGGCGUUCGGUUCCGCAGAUUACAGCUACGCUGAUUCCCAGCGGGGCUUCUAUGAUACGUAUGCCCAACAAUCCGGGUUUGGGAGUAGAAGCGUACUUGGACACGAUGACGUCAAGGGUAUUCCAGGGAGCCAGCAACAACCUCCCACCUCAGCCAGUCUUCAACCUUCAGGCGUUCAGGCAUCCCAACAGCACGGCUCCUCGCAAACUACUGGACAGCCAUCUGGCGGUCAAGGUCCUCAGCAAUAUCAACAUCCCCCUGUACCAUACUAUUAUCCACCCUUUCCACAGAGCCAGUACUACUCUCCACCUUACAGCUCUGGCUACGGAGUUCCUCAGCCCUUCGUCAAAUACCCAGCCAUGUUUCAACCUGGGCCUCCUGGCCCAGCCUCUGCGCCCACCCCCACAACUAAGCAGUCAGGUGCAAACGUGGGGGUAGGCAUUCAACCUCAGAGCUACAACCAGGCUUUGUACCAGCAAGCUAGCUAUGACGACUAUCAGCCACACCCUCAUCAACAACAUCAUCAACACCAACACCAGCAACACUCACACAACCUUGGACUUGGUCAGGGUUCCGUUGGUGUCGGCUCAAACGAUUAUGGAAAGCAGCUAUAUGGUCAAGGCCAGGGUGCCAUGCAAGGCUUUAUGGGUUUAGGAGGCCAAACAAGCGGAGGGACCAGCGGCCCCACUUCGAGUGCUGGCCCGCGAGGUGGCAACUCACCCGAGACUGCUUACAAACCCUACGCUGCAAAAGAUGUGGGGGUUCCCUCUGCUCGCGGUUCUGGGCAACAGCAAGGAGGACAAGUGCCAGGUCAAGCCCAGCAAGGGCCAGGUCAAGGGGUCCAGGGUGGUCCUCAAGGGCAAAGCUUCUAUGGAGGGAACAGAUUCGGAAGUGGAGUUGGAGGUGCGGGUGUCGGUGGAAGUGUUGGUGGGCCCCAGCAAAACACACACCACCAGCAAAGCGGCCCACAAGGACACAUUGGCUACCCCCAGGGCGCUAAUGAUGCCAGUUUCUACUCGUACCAGGCCGCCAGGCAGCAGCAGGGAUACUGGCAUCUCUUCUCAUCCGACUCGAAUGAUCUUGGUGCUUUCUUUGUGAUGUUUACUCAGAGUCUCGUUGUCAUACUUUCUCUCACUCUCUCUCUCUUAUUCAUUGCUUGGUAUCUCAAUACUUCUUCCACGAAAUUCGAGAUUUUCAAGGGAAGAUCGUCGUCGACUCGGAACCAGUCCCUGGCGGCGAUUUUCAACACUUCAUUUAUGUUAAACAACACAUUUACGCACAUGAAUUUUGAGAUGCGCACGUGUGGUGUUUUGAGGAAAAUGCCGCGGGGUUCUAUUUUUGGAGCAUUGUGCCAGGCUGAGCAAAGGCUGAGAGCUGAUUUCAAGGCGACUAUGUAG